CUGCCCAGGAUCGACUUGUGGGAUUUAAACUGCAGGUUUUCAUUUCACCGACACGGUAUUUAUAUUCUAUAGUAGACAGCAAUAAUCAGGCUAAGGCCAUUUACACAAUCAACCAAGAUGCAAUAGUCAUCGAGAAAGUGGCUAUAUCAUCCAACCCUUCUUCAGAUUUUUUGACACUGUGUGAAGUCGAAAUAUACGGAGACUCUGUCUGCGCUGCUGACCACUAUGGACGUGACUGUGAGCUGGCAUGUUCCUGUCCUAAUGGUGAGGCGUGUCUUGUGACCACUGGUGGGUGUCCAUCCGUUUGCCCUCCGGGGUUCGAUGGCCCUGGUUGUUCAAAAC